UUUAUUAAUGCAUCAUACACAUAGCUAGCAAUAGACAUUUUCCCACCUGAUGCAAUCUUUUAGGAUCUUGACCUUUAAUUAGAUCAUAUUCUGUGUAACAUUUGUGUCAGCUGUUGUGGGGAGGAGCGAAAGGAUAAUUCAAACACCUCGGAUACCAUGUGAUAUAAACAUUCAUGUUUGUGAUAUCACUUCAAAUCCUUUUGUAAUUUUCUUUUAGCCCAAAAGGCGUUAGCCCAGAAGAGCUAUUAGUUUCAUUUUGGCAUUUUGUGUUGAAACCUUUAAAUGUCGGUACACUUUUCUAAUUCUUGCCCUACGUUAUAUUUAAAUUAAUUAAAUAAUGAAGAAUCUGCAUAAAUGUAUGUAUGUUUCUUUCAUUUACCUUUCAUUGUGAUAAAACAAUACCUACAACCAUCAAAUUUUGAAUAACGUAAUAUUCCAUGGAAUAUAAGCAUAUGGAGUGUACGAGGCUGUAUAUCGGAAAUUCUAAAAAUAUACUCAUUUUAAGUUAUUUUGCGAUAUUGCUGUUGCAUUGAAUUUUAUGGUUUAAGUUAAGAACAUUUAAUAAAUAAAGGUAAUGCACAAAAGGUUUACAAAAAGUCUCUUUGAGUGUAAUGUAAAAUCUGAAUAUUUUUUUUUUUUUUUUUUCCCCUACCAUGUAGGGUCUUUUAUUGUUACUAUUGUGGGGUUCUAUUACGCUUUGCAUUGCUUUUAUCGCUUAUAUUUCAUGUACUUCCCUUUUUAUUUAGGAAUACCUUGACUUCAGUUUAUUAUGGUGAGUUAACAUUAUUUAUCAGACGAAGGAUAUACGUGCUUGGCAAAUGAAGUAGUUAGUGAUAUGAAUGAGUGAUAAUUCAUUUUCUAAAGAGUUAAGGAGCAAUAUUUCUACUGAGCUCACUGAGUGUUUGCCGUCCAGUUUAAAUGAAAGGUUUUUUUGUUACUUCUUCUUCUAAAUUGUCUGCCUUGUAUUUUUUUAUUAAUUUAAAAGUUUAUUAAUGUAGUUUAGCAAUUAAAACUUCGGAAUAAUUUCAAUAUUGCUUCUGGAAAUUAUUUUUUAAAGUAAACAUUUUUUUAAAAAUAUAUUUUCAUGUAAAAAAAAGGAAAAAGAUUAUUAAAUGCUAAUUUUAACAUGUAUGAUAGCUUAAAUAAUAAUCUAAAGUAGUACCAAAAUUAUGACAUUAUGACAAAUUUUGACGUAAACUUUUUCUUUUCCUUAGAUGUAGGCUUAGCAGUGCAGAACUCCCAUCCUAUAAGACAAUUCCUUUUGACUUCCAUGUGUCCGGAAGGAAUGUCUUAAACAAAGGCAUGCUAUCUUGAAAGGGCUAAAUCUUUAAUUCUAUUGCACAGUUUUCUUAUGUUAUGUAGCAACAUAACUUUACCCUGUACAGUUUGGCAACAUAUAUUAGUUGCAUCAUUUAUGUUAUAUUCUAGGAUGAGUAUCUGUAGUGUGUGUCACCAGUAAUGAAUUGUUAUUGUAUUUCACUUUAAGCUGUAACAGAUAUAUAUAAUCAAGAAAUUUGACACUCUCUAAUAUCAAUGCUUCAUCAGUCAGAGCCCAGGCACCCAAAAUCUAAGAACCAAUCAAUUCAGUGUAAGAUCUCUAGAUUUUUAUGUUUUUAGUAAAACUGUGCAAUUCUGCAAACACCCAUUCUUUAUAAGAGUUUCUGAGGUAGCUGAAUGGUUUAUUUUCUGAUGCAUCUAGUGUUUGCAGAAAUAACAUAAGCCCUCCAGGAAUGAUGAUAGGAAUGGUGUUUGUUCUGUUCAUUUGUUCUAUUGCAUCCUGCAUGCGAGGUCCACAGAAGCUAUCUAGUACUAACAUUGCCAUCUGAAGAGCACCUGGCUGGGGGGGGGACCACUCUUUCUAUUAAGUCAGAUCAAAUCUGGACUAUCUCAUGUAGCCUAAUUGUGAUAUCAUUUAUUUUGGCAAUGUCAUCCAUUUAAAAAUUGUGAAUGUGACAAAUUUUUUUACCAUUAAUAGUAACUGCUUAUAUGCAGUGAACAUUCGUAGUUCCCGUUAAUGUCUUCUAAUACUGAAAAUGCCCUCUUUUGAUUAAUUGAAGUGUUACUAGUUCAAACUAAGUCUAACACCAAACUGUCUCUUAUCAAGUUUGACACCAUUAAUUUCAAUAAAUUUAAAAGUUUUGAUUUAAAUUUUGAAAUGUAGCUACAAUUACAUUUUUUCACCUUAGUUCUGAAAUGCUGCAGUUAACUGUGCUGUUAGGUUUUCUGCUGUAGCUCAAAAGAAACUUAUUUGAACUGCAGAUGUUUUAUUUUAAAUAAAGUCUGUUGGGGAGCAUUCACACAAUGGUCUAACCAUUAUUAGUGUCACAAUUAUUAUAAUCCUAAGGUACUGCUUUAUUCACCCUUGUGGAACAGCCUUAAACCAUAGUCACUUAUUUAAGGUAAAGUUGCACAUGCAUGAAUAUGCAGCUGAUUCAGUUUACCAGUAAAGGUCAAUAUGUUAGCUUUGUCAUGCUAACAUAUUGACAACAUUAAUGACAACCAAUAGACAGUAUUUUGAAAAAUUCUUUGGUGUGUGUGUUAUCCUGUAAAAGAAAAUAUUUCACUUUUUAUUCAAUGGACAAAUAAGUUAAAAUUGUUUUAACAUAUUCAUAAUUAAAUUUCAGAUGCUUUUUGUUAUCUGUGCCAUUAACAGUGUAAUUUUAUUGCAGAAAAUGAUUUAUGUUUGCCAAGGCUGUGUGAUUAUAAUGGUCUUUUUUAUUGUUCUCGAUGCCAUUGGAACAGUCUCAUUGUCAUUCCAGCCAGGGUAAUUCACAACUGGGAUUUUACACCUAGAAAGGCUUGUCGAGCUUCACUUCAAUUUCUGCGCUUAAUGUCUAAAAAACCGAUACUGAAUAUAGAAUCUCUUAAUCCUACAUUGUUUGCUUUUGUAGAUGACUUAAGAACAAUAAAGAAAUUAAGAGAGGAUAUUUUGCUGAUGAAAAAGUAUUUUUUGACAUGCCACACAGCUUUGGAAGAAAAACUGCUCCUGCAGCUGAAAGACAGACAGCAUUUUGUCGAAAGUGCUGAUAUUUACAGUCUUCAAGAUCUCAUUGACGUUUCAUCAGGCAGUUUGUUAACAUAUCUUGAGAAAAUCCAUGCCAUGUUUAUUCAACACAUUACACAACAAUGCCAAGGCUGUCGUGGAAAGGGUUUUAUCUGUGAAUUGUGUAAAUCUGAUGAUGUGAUCUUUCCCUUUGAUCCUCGCACUGAUAUUUGUACUACUUGUUCAUCAGUCUUUCAUCAGGUAAUGGUCUACUAAGCAUAUGGCCCUCAACAUUCGCCUUUUGGAUGUCUAUAAUCGUCCACAAGUUCUGAAAACACCACCUCAGUAACCAGAUUUAAAUCCAACAGAACACAUUUGGAGAAAAUUAGAGGUUAGAGUCGAAGACACAACAAUAAAACAAUAAACGAACUAAAAAAUAGUAAUGAUGGAAGAAUGGAGGAACAUUGAUGUAGACAUUGCAAAAAACUGAUGAAUUGUAUGCCCAGAUGUUUGAAAGCUGUCAUAAAUACUGCAGGAUAUACUACAAAAUACUAACUGACAGAAAUACUACAAUAUUUACUAACAUGGUGCAGAUUUCUUUAAAGCUUGCGAAGACUUUU